UUUCCGUCGCAUGCACAUGAGGGUGGACCCACACACACACCGUUGCAAUUUCAAAAACCCAAAAAGCCAAAACCCAGAAAUCUAAAAACAGGUUUUUCCAUUUCUUCUUUCAUUUCCCUUUGAAGGUUUCUCAAAAGCCCUCACAUUUUCUUGAAAAACCAAACCAAAACUACUCGUUUUUCUUUUUUUUGGGUGUCCUAAAAACACACACACACACACACACACAAAAAAAAAAAACGAAAGCGAUUCAUUGUUUGAAAUCGCAGAAAAGAUUCUUGGUUUUUUUUUUGCAUUUGUGGUGUAUGGCAGGGAAUGCUUUUCACAACCAAAACGGUGUCGUUUUCGUGAACCACCUUCCUCUUCCUCUUCCAUUUCCUCAGCCAUUUGCUCUGAUAAACCAUAGAGGUGGUGGUGAGGUACUUGUUCCGUACAACCCACCUUUACUAACUCCUCUUGGAUUUUCUGUAUUGAAGGCUCAAAUGGACGAGUGCAGAUCAAUCUCUCUGCUUCAGUUCAUGGUUAAAGAAGAACUCGUGCCGUCUCCGGAAGAAGAAGAGAGGAGGAGGAAUGUCAUUGUGAAGCUCAAACAGAUAGUGUUGGCAUGGAUUAAGAAGGUUGCGUGGCAACAUCGACUUCCGAAAAAGCAAAUUGCUGCCUCCAGUGGCACAAUAUUGACAUAUGGAUCAUAUGGCCUUGGAGUUCAUGGUUCAGACUCUGAUAUUGAUGCUUUAUGCGUUGGUCCUUUCUUUGCCACCAUGGCAGGUGACUUUUUUAUUGUUCUGCGCAACAUGCUUAAAGGCAGACCCGAAGUGUCAGAGAUCCACUGUGUAAAGGAUGCAAAAGUGCCUCUAAUGCGAUUUAAAUUUGAUGGGAUCUCAAUUGAUCUCCCAUUUGCGCAGCUUAAAGUGUUAUCUGUCCCUGAAAAUGUGGAUGUACUGAACCCAUUCUUCCUGAGAGAUAUUGAUGAAACUAGUUUGAAAAGCUUGUCUGGUGUACGUGCUAAUGAACGCAUUCUUCAGCUUGUUCCGAACGUGGAGAAUUUCCAAUCAAUGCUGCGAUGUGUUAAGUUAUGGGCAAAAAGGCGAGGAGUGUAUGGUAAUUUACUUGGCUUUUUGGGAGGAGUUCAUCUGGCAAUCCUUGUGGCUUUUGUUUGUCAAGGAAAUCCAAAUGCUAGCUUAAAUGCUCUUAUUAUGAACUUCUUUGAGACAUUUGCACUUUGGCCUUGGCCUACUCCAGUAAUCUUGCAAGAUGGACUGCCAGCACCUGGAGAUGCCAUGGAGACACGGUCCUUAAUGCCCAUUCGGCUUCCAUGUAGUCCAUAUGAAUACUGCCAUUCCAAUAUCACUAGAAGCACGUACUACAAGAUCAGGACAGAGUUUCUCCGAGGCUAUACUAUGACUAGGGAUCUUUUGAAGCCAGACUUUGAUUGGGGUAGCCUAUUUGAGCCUUAUCCAUACUCAAAGAUACAUAGCAGAUUUCUUAAAAUUUACCUCUCGGCUUCUGAGCAGGAUGAGCUAGGGGAUUGGGUAGGUUGGGUGAAAUCACGUUUUCGCUCUCUUAUUGUCAAGCUGGAGGAGAAACAAGGUGCUUGUGACCCUAAUCCUACCGAGUAUGUAGAUAUGGAUGUAACAGAGCCCAAUGUUGUGUUCUACUGGGGCUUAAGUCCCUGCAAGCGUAAUUUCACAGAUGCAGUGUCGGUCAAGGAGGAUUUCAUGACGAAUAUCAAUAAUGGCUAUCAAGGCUGUCCUGGAAGGAUGGAAUUAUCCAUUGUCCUAACUUCUGAGCUGCCGAAGAAUGUUCUUGCUGAUGGUGCUGGAAGUGGGAAGCAUACAAAAGCAUGUUGGAAGAUUCUUGAUUACUACAAUCAACAAAGGAUUCCAAUUUACUCACAGCAUUUGCCACAUUACUUCGUUGGGUAUGUGGCAACCAAUGGAGAGCCUGAGUACCCAAGUGCUGGCGGUUAGACUUAUCAUGAACAUUUAAAAAAAAAAAAAAAAUCUUGUUAUCUUGGUCUGCAUUUUGCAUUCUUGGGUUUAGGUUUUCAUGUUUGCACAGUUUUUACGAGGAUCAGAAGAAACUAUACAAAGAUGAGGAUAUAUGAAAGUAUUGGACUGUAUAGUAAAAACAAGUUGUAGAAGCUAAAAGUUGCAUUGUACUUGUAAAGUCUUUUGUAAACUCAAAUAUGCAAUCUUUUAGCAUCUUGCCCUUCGAAAUUGUUGUGAAUUUCACAGAAGAAAAAUGUUAUUAGAAUGGUUUUUGGUCGCAAUUACUAUUUCAAAUGGAUGUCAUUGCCUUUGUUCA